GUGGUAUCUGUCGACAUCAGUACGAAGGAGAUCCUUGGAGACAUAGUGCUGGUGAAACUUGAAAAGGAGGAAUUCUUGUUCAAUGAUCAGUGGUACUGCAGAUGCAUCAAUGUGACGACUCCCUCUGGAGAGCGCGUCGAGUUCCCCUGUUAUCGCUGGAUAGCCAAUGAAAAGGAAGUGGUUCUUCGAGAUGGCAAGGGUCGAUUGCCUCAGGAUGAUAAUAUGAAAGAGUACAGGCGCAUGGAACUGGAAUCCAGACAACUACUGUUCAGGUGGAAGGAGUGGCGCCCUGGUUUCCCCCCUGAGCAUCGAUGCCAACACAGGCACUGAACUUCCUUUGGACAUUCAGUUUGAAACUGCAAAAACUGUGGACUUCUCUUUGAAUUACCUUAAAGCGAUUGAGAAUCUUGGUCUUAAUGAACUUAUGAGGUUGUUCCAGUCCUCUUG